AUGGACAACAACGCCCCAGACCGAAAAAUACAAUCGCAACCACCACGCCUUUCAUCUACUUCCUACGUAUAUCCUGUAAAAUCCCUUUUGGAAGGCCGGAUACAGCCAGCACUACCAGAGUCUAGCGUUUCAUCCAGACCCAAAUUCAGCACGUCACAAUCCUCCGAUGCUAUAGUUGAUCUUCCAAAUGAACACCGCGAUCGUUCUGCCAGGAUUGGGGCCGAAAAAUCAGCUAUCUGGGCCAGAGACGUACACAGGAGUUUUGGGGACCGAACAUCUGCUACAUCUGACAUUGCAGUGGAUGAAUUCACCGAAGUUGAUCAAGCUUUGUUGAUGAAGAGGGACAAGGACAAAAGUAACCGACCGAGAUCUAACAGCACCUCAAGUAUACCUUCUCCAGCACGUUCGAUCGAGAAAGGAAAGUUGAAAGAGGUUACAACAGCAAAUGUGGGCCAAGAUAAACUUCGCAAAAGUCCGGAAAGAUAUAGUUACACUCUGCAGGAAGACAGCCCAUACUUUCCUCGCACAUUCUCCAGUCUGAAUAUUCCAAUACAACACACAGAUAUACAGGAUGCAUCUGCGUUUGUCAACUUGGAAUCUUCUAUGAUUUCCACCGCUCACGUACUUGGUCAUCGAGCACCUGAAAGACAUUCGCCUCGUUCCAUAACGACAUCUUCGAUCAAUUCACCUCCUCGUGUCCAUCAAAAUUGGAAUCCAAGAGAUAUCUCUACGCCAACGGACAAAAUGUCUUUCAACACGCAAAGGUUCAAUGCAGAGGACAAUGUCACCGAAGCAGUCUCCACUGAUCCUCAUCAUAUUCAGCCAAGUGUAUCGGAGGAUUCAAUCUCUCAUGAGACUUGUAACUACGAUCAAUUGGACACGCCAGUCACCUUACAUCCAGCCUCAACACGGCCAGAACAAAUAGUAAAUGACGAGGCGAGCACCUUGACAUUUAAUCCUUCUUUAUUCGGCAUUGUACAUUUGCCCCCUCUCCCUUCGUCCAGCUCCCCCAGUGGACGAGGCUCAUUCUCGUCCUCGCCUGCAAAAUCAGGUAGUCGAGGAUUAGAUUUUGGACUUGUGAAUAAUGCCUUACGAAGCUCAGGUCGAUCAGUUAAUGGUUCGAACAGCACGCUAUCGCACAGCGGCAAAGAGCCUUCUCAUACAAUGGAGUCUGCAAAUAUUUCCAGCAACCCAUCCAUACAGGAUACAGAUUUUCAUUCUAGCCUCGAAACAAAAAGUACUACUCACUCAGAAGAUCCGCAUGUUUCUGUCAGGUUUCGAACUAUGCAAGAUGAACACGGAAAUCAUGUAGUGAUAGGCAGAGAAGGAAACGUUACUCGAUGCGAAGAUGAGCCCAUCCACACACCCGGAGCUGUGCAAGCAUUUGGUGUUCUUAUUGCUUUAGAUGAGGUAGAAGAUACUCUCGUUGUUCGCCAGGUCUCAGAGAAUUCAACUGAAUUGCUUGGGCUACCCCCCAAAUUUCUCUUCGACCUGGAAUGUUUCACUGAUACCUUGCCGGACACCCAAGCAGGCGUUCUUUGGGAUAAUAUCGAUUUUUUAAACGAUCCCAGUUUGAGAUCGGACGAUGAUGAAUGCAGCCCCCAAGUUUUCCAGCUCAGGGGCUGGGGAGCGCCAGGAUCAGGUCAUUCUCAGGAAUUCGAGACUGAAGACGGCAAGAGGUUAUGGACCUGUUGGUGUGCCAUCCAUCGUAGUGCAGCCACUCAAUCUUCAGACAAAAGCACUGGGUUGAUAGUGAUAGAGUUUGAACUUGAGAAAGAUGUUCUGAACCCCCUUUAUCCUCCUAUCUCAUUGCCUCCGUCUUCGGCGAGUGAUUCUCCACAACCCAGCUCUCAAACCGGUUCGGAGAGUAUCCGGGGCGAACAUAUGUCUCCCGACCCAGAAUCUGAUCAAUCCACUGCAGGUCAACCAUCCAGCAAGUAUGCGAGCAGUACACCUUCAAUGCUAUCUACGUACUUGGAAUCAGGACGAGACCCGACACUGCCUCAAUCGUUGCAUGGAUUAAACGGGGAUGACGAAUGGAUGCCUAGUGCAGAAGACAUUAUCAGGAGCACAACGAGCCAGUCUCGGCCUUUGCCAGCCCUCGAACGUCUUCGUCGCAUGACCCGUAGUGCUGUGUCGUUUGGCAAUUCUGUUCACGGCAAUCCCCCGAAAAGAAGACGCGGGACCAAAUCCCGAGGCGGAUCGUCUGCAGGCGUGAUGGAUGUAUUUGCCGUCAUGUCACAAAUUAAUGAACAACUCGGAGCCGCGCCUGAUCUAAACACCUUCCUAAACGUCGUUGUUGGUGUCAUCAAGGAUCUUACACAAUUCCAUAGAGUGAUGAUAUACCAAUUUGAUGAGCUGUGGAAUGGUCAGGUUGUUGCGGAAUUGGUGGAUUGGGCUCAAUCUCAUGAUCUUUUCCGUGGUUUACAUUUCCCUGCCAGCGACAUUCCGGCACAGGCUCGAAAGUUAUAUGCAAUAAACAAAGUACGUCUAUUGUAUGAUUGCGCCCAACAUACGGCAAGGAUCGUUGCCCGCGACCAAGCUGAUAUAGACAAUCCUCUCGACAUGACGCAUUGCUACUUACGUGCAAUGAGCCCGAUCCAUAUAACGUAUCUUCAAAACAUGGGCGUUCGCGCGUCCAUGUCAAUAUCUCUCAUGGCAUUUGGGCAGUUGUGGGGUUUGGUAACGUGUCAUUCGUAUGGAUCCAGUGGAAUGCGAGUAUCCUUCCCCGUCCGUCAGAUGCUUCGUCUUUUAAGCCAGUCAAUCUCAAAAAAUAUUGAACGAUUGAGCUAUGCCCAACGUCUCCACACAAGAAAACUUAUCAACACCGUAUCUUCUCCUAAUCAUCCGACAGGCUAUAUCGUCAGCAAUGCGGAUGACCUCCUGGCUCUUUUUGAUGCAGAUUUUGGAAUCUUAGUGAUUGGCGAAGGCGCCAAGCUCCUAGGGCCCAAUCAGCAUGGGCAGGAAAUUUUGAUCAUGGCGGAAUAUCUGCGAUUGAAACAAUUUGAGACCAUCCAAGCCUCUCAAGCUGUUGUAGCGGAUUACCCAGAUUUGGAACUAACAACUGGAUUCGAAGUUAUUGCAGGUCUACUAUAUGUACCUCUCUCUAGUGGCGGCAAAGACUUCAUCGCUCUUCUCCGAAAGGGCCAACCUCGACAGGUUCACUGGGCCGGAAAACCUUUUAAAGAAGGCGAGGGUGGUAGCACAUCUUUGGAACCAAGGAAAUCAUUUAAGAUUUGGUCUGAAACCAUCGCUGGCAGAAGUAAAGCAUGGACAGACGACCAACUGGAUACAGCGGGAGUGCUGGCUUUGGUAUACGGAAAGUUCAUUGAAGUUUGGCGUGAAAAAGAGAACGCCGUGAAUGCAACGAAACUCACAAACUUGUUACUCACCAAUGCAAGUCAUGAAGAAAUGGCCAUGAAUAGUCCUUUGGACAAAGAAACCCACGACAACCUUCAAAAAUCUCAUGCCGCUUCCAAGAGUUUGCUAUUUACUAUCAAUGAUUUACUUGAUCUAACGAGGCUGGAGAGCGGUACUGAGACUUCUUUCAAUGAGGCAUUUGACCUACGUACUGCAAUCCAAGAAGCCACUUUGAUUUAUCGCAAGGAAGCAAAACGACGAAACCUUCAAUUUAUCCUUGAUUUAGCGGAAAGCCCAACAAUGGUCAUUGGUGAUAUUAAGAAAAUACGCACUGUGGUUCAAAACUUAACUGCAAAUGCACUAAAAUUUACCACGGAGGGUUGUAUCACUGUCUCUUGCAAAACAUUUGGUGAACCUGAAGGGCUAAGAAAUGUUGAUCAAAUAGCAGUUGAAAUACUAGUAUCGGAUACAGGUUGUGGUAUCUCUGCGAGCAGAUUGGAAAGCAUUUUCCGACAAUUCGAACAUGUAGAACCGUCCCAGCCUAAAUCUAAUGGGGAUCCUGGGGUCGGACUAGGACUCGCGGUAGUCUCCAGAAUUGUUGAACAGUUAGGCGGACAACUGCGUGUUGACUCUGAAGCGGGAAUUGGAAGUAAAUUCUCCUUCCUCAUUCCAUUGUCCCUGUCAACGGGGGGUCAAUCAAUGGCAUCCUCGAAAUCAGAUGGUACAUCACGGUCGUCUAACUCCCUGAAGAUAUCGCCUGUGGGGUCGCGUUCUGGCAGCUUGUUCACCGAAUCAGCAGGUCGCGAUAUCGAGUUUAUGGUGAAUGCUCUCUCUUCAAAUCAUAUGACAUCUCCUAGAGGAACAUCAGCCAAUUCGCUUGACGACCGAGAAAACAGCGAACAACUCCAGAGACCUGGGUUGGGACGCCGAAACUCAUCCCAGGUUAUUUUUACGCUCUCGGGCCCCCGUUCUCCUUCCCUACUUCCCCCAGCGGGAAAUGUCGAAUACGAUCGAAAAACUGUUGAAGUUAUAUCGCCACUACCUACCCCACGCGGCGACGAUACACCCAGUUCAAGCACAACUGAUGUGGCCUCCCCACCGUUGCCUCUCCACCAUCGCCUCGAACAUGUGAGCCUCAAGGUGUUGAUCGUUGAGGACAACGAUAUAAAUCGAAUUAUAUUGGCAAAAAGGCUUUCACUAAGCGGGCAUAAAGUCAUUAAUUCCACUGACGGACGAGAAGGCCUGAACAAAGUUAUAUCUGAUCCAACAUUCGACCUUGUUCUUAUGGACAUCCAAAUGCCAAUCAUGAACGGAUUUGAAUCGACAGCUUCUAUACGUAAAUUUGAACAAGAGAUCAAUCUUGCUCAAACUACUCAAUGUCAAUCCCAGAUUCUCAACGGAAGGAUACCUAUAUUCGCUGUAUCAGCUUCCUUGCGUGAACAGCAGCGCGAAGAGCUCUUACAUCAUGGCAUGGACGGCUGGAUCCUCAAACCAAUUGACUUCGCCAGGCUAAACGAAAUUCUCAAAGGAAUCACCGAUCCAAAUCAGCGUCAUAAAGACGUUUACAAACCAGGUUGUAGUUGGGAAUCCGGUGGUUGGCUAAAACGACACUCAUAG